CUCCUUCGAAACUGAUAAAACCCUACUAGGGGGUUUAUCAACGACGGUCAGUUCUCCUCUCCGGGCGACGUCGACGAUUGUCCGAACUAAUUCCGGCGAGGAAAAUGGUUAUUCCUUUAACGCGGUAUUGGGGCAGAAAUUGUGGUAUGGAGUUGUCUGCCAAUUCAGCUGGUCUCUCUCUUUAUAUGUUAUACUGGCUAUGACUGUAUGUGUCGAGCCUGGCUGACAUGGGGGGAAUGUAGAAGACUAUUAAGGUUUGCAUGGUUUCCGUUGGUUCAAAGGCUUUACCAUCUAGAAGUCGGAGAAUCAAUAGUUUUGUUGAGGACAGCUUGAUGGGUGAGGAAGAUAAGUUGCGUAAGCAUGGCAAGUGGAAAAAGGGACUAGGCAGGAAGGAUCAGAAAAAGGGUUAUGGGAUUGACAAGGACACGUUUGAGAAAAAUGCUUCUGGCCGUGGAGGUGCCAAAUCUCACAAACCUAUGAAACAGGAAGAUGUUUCAAUAUCACAGCCGUCUAUUAUCAGGAAGCAGGUUGACCCAGAAACAGCAAAAUAUUUUACUGAAAUUGCGAAUCUUUUUGAAAGUAAUUCAGUUGAACUAGAGGAGAGGUCAGUGAUAUGCGGUAAUGCUCUCGAGGAAACUAGGGGAAAAGAAUAUGAACUUACAACUGAUUACAUCUUCAGCUACACAGUACAAACUCUCCUUGAGGCUUGUGAUGUGCACAGCCUAUGUGGGUUCUUGAAGAGUUCUGCGAAGGUAUUUCCCUUCAUAUCGAUGGACAGGUCUGGAUCUCAUGUGGCCGAGACAGCUCUCAAGUCUUUAGCAGUGCAUCUUGAGGAUGAAGAAACCUAUUCUACCAUCGAAGAGACCAUAAGGUUGAUAUGCGAGGUAAUUAUUGCAAAUCCUGUCGAUAUAAUGUGCAACUGCUACAGUUCACAUGUUCUUCGGAGACUUCUGUGUCUCUGCAAAGGAGUAUCAUUAGAUUCUCCAGAAUCUCAUGGGACGAAAUCAUCUGCAAUUCUGGCGGAGAGGUUGAAUCUCAGGGCAUCUCGGGCAGAUCUGAAUCAUAUGCAGACCCAUGGGAAGGAAUUUCCACAUUUACUGAAAUUUCUUAUAUCAAAGAUGCUGAAAUGCAGCAAGAUGGACAUUAAUACCUUGCAAGUUGAUCAGUAUGGAAGUUUAGUUCUUCAGACUGUUUUGAAACUGUUGGCAGGAGAUGAUGAAGAGUUGUUGAAGAUCAUACCAAUUAUUCUUGGUUGCAACAAGGAAAACAAUAAGGAAGGGAACUUCAUAGAAAUGGGUGUAGUGCAAGACAUUCUUAAUUUAGUGAAAGAAACUUCAUCUAGCCAUUUGAUAGAAGUCAUUCUCGAAGUAGCUCCUGAGGACUUGUACGAUGAAGUGUUCCACAAAAUUUUUAGAAAUUCAUUGUAUGAAAUUGCAUCUCAUCAAUGCGGAAGCUUUGUGGUACAGGCAUUGGUUUCAAAUGCAAGAUCUAAAGAACAAAUGGAUAUAAUAUGGGAGGAACUUGGAACUAAAUUUGGGGAUCUUUUGGCAAUGGGAAGAUCAGGAGUGAUUGCUUCUCUUAUCGCUGCAAGUCAUAGACUUAGUACACAUGAACAUAAGUGUAGUCAGGCACUUGCAGCUGCUUUAUGCUCGGAAAAUGAGUCCCCAACAUGCAUUGUUCCCCGAAUGCUAUACCUUGAGAGGUACUUUUGCAGUCAUGACCCGUCCAAAUGGGAAUGGCCGAGUGGUGUUAAGAUGCAUGUCAUGGGCUCACUCAUACUGCAAGCGGUUUUCAAAUAUCGGAAUGAGUACAUACUGCCUCUGGUUACAAGUAUAACAUCCAUGGAACCCAAUCAAGUACUUGAAGCUGCUCGAGAUGCUGCAGGGGCACAUGCGAUCGAAGCUUUUCUAGAUUCAAAUGCUUCUUGGAAGCAAAAGCGCAAAUUAAUCGUGAAGUUACAAGGACAUUUUGGAGAGAUUUCGAUGCAUUCAUCUGGUUCUUUUAUAGUUGAAAAAUGCUUCACCGUCAGUAACCUUUCGAUGAAGGAGACUAUAGUAUCUGAGCUGUCUGCUGUGAGCAAUGAGCUAUCCAAGACAAAACACGGCCCUCAUCUCACACGGAAACUUGAUGUUAAUGGAUAUGCUGCAAGGCCUGAGCAGUGGAAGAAAAAGCAAGAAUCGAAGCAAUCGACUUUCAAGGAGUUCUUUGAUAUAUUUGGCUCUGGUGAGACCAGGCAAUGUAAAGACGACUCUUUCGUUGCGAAGACCUCUAAGCAAACAUCAAAGGCUACGAAUUUGAAGCAGAUGAGGAAAGAGAUUGAUCAAAGCUUGAACUCUGGGACACCAUUCUUGAGCAAGUCAAGUUUCAAGGGACACCGGGAAAAAGUUGGCGACGGCUCAAAGAGGAAAAGCAAGAAGCAGAAACGAUAACUCCUCAAAGACUUCAAGAAAAGAGAACUGGAUUUUGCUGUUGUUGUUAUCAAUUUUGUCUACUUUGCUCAGCCAAGACCAAAUGUAAAGUGUCCAUCCAAUGAGCGAGAAAAUCGACAUAUAUUCACAUUUACGGAGAAAGAAUUGGGCACUGGGGGUACUGAACUGAAGAAAUCGAGAUUCAUUAGACGAGAUACUGAGUUACAUAUUUCCUCCCUAGAACUGAAUUCUACUCUUUCUUGGCUACGUAACUAUAAUGUAUCAAAUGCAAAAAAAAAAAAAAAAAAAAGCCGGCAGAAACUAUUACUGCUGCGUUCUUUUUCCUUUGGCUUCAUCUUUUCCGUCACUUAUAUGCCAUUUCAGCUAAGGAAGUCUCUACUUAUUCUGGAUUGGAUUGGAACCUGACCGGGGUAUCCUCUGGAAACUUGCUUCGACACUCUUGUUGAACGGCAGCCCCUCCUCGUCGGUGCUCAUAUUCUGAAGUCUAGAGGGUGACUUCCUGUUCGACAGGGAAGACUCUCUCGACGCCAGCACCCGGGCGUCCGCACAGAACUUUGAGGGCCACGAGGAGAGGAUCAGCAGGAUUGCAGCGAAUGCGGUGAAAACUCUGCAGCAGGUGCCCUUCAUUGCUGGCUCAUAAGGCGGUGCUUUGAAACCCUCUUGUUUAGCAGUGAGACUGAAUACUCUGGAAAAGCUGAGCAAAGUGUGAUUACAGGGAUGACUUUAGAUCUUGAUAUUUUCAUAUUUAUACCCAUUUGCUUUUCUGUUUUUUGA